UCCUGUGAACCAGUAUAAUCAAAAAGUUACUCGUGAAUCGUGAAGUUUAUGCGACCUAUAUUUCAACUAUGUAUGUAAUGCAUACAAUCUGAAUUCUCACUAUUGCCACCAUACACUAUAGGGAGAGGUGCAUACGGGGGCCAUCCCAUUCAAACGCGUGUCAACUCUAUCACGGAUUUCUGCGGGAUGUCUAACAACUUAGAAUAGCUGGCUUAUUUUUCUCCAAAGUCUGAUCCUCGAUUUCCUUAUGAAAUCAUCGAAGUUGUUAUUAUUUUGUUGUUCAAGUAAAUAGCUCUAGUUAAUCACAUAAAGCGGAAUGGACGCAUCUGAUCAGACACCUCAACUCACCGUAGUCAAGCGGUGCAGCGACUGCUACGAAGUGGUCUGGGGUGAUGGCUACACGGGUCGAUACCCCUUUGUCUGGCUUCGAGAUAACUGCCGAUGUUCCGGCUGCUACUACCCGAGCUCCAAGCAAAGAAGUGUUUUGCUCUCCGAUAUCGACGUCGAGAUGGAACCCGAGAGGGAGGAGCUAAUAGUCGACGGACAAGAAAUGAAGAUCUUCUGGCCCGAUGAUCACGUGAGCCCCUUCCCAUCUCGAUGGCUGUAUCUCAAUCGCUUUGACAAGACGAACUUUGACCCCGUGAGUCAACUCGUACCAAAGCCUUGGGGUUCGGAGCAGGUCAAUGAACUACUACGGUUUGACUACAAAGAAGUUAUGGAAGACUCGAGGGUUCUCCGUGACUGGCUGAGGAGUCUAGUCGUCAGUGGCAUUGCUCUGUUGACUGGAGCGCCAAAGGAGACUGGAGUAAUUGAAUCGAUCGGCAAGCGUGUGGGUCACCUCCGGACGACGAUGUAUGGCCACACCUUUGAAGUUCUUGCAAUCGCGUCUUCAAGUAACCUGGCCUACACGACAUUAAAGCUGGGCUUGCAUGUGGAUCUUCCGCUGUAUGAAGUUCCUCCCUCCGUCCAAAUGCUUCAUUGCAUCAAGCAGUGCGAGACGGUCGGUGGUGAAAGUCAAUUCUGUGACGCCUUGAAGGUCACCAAUGAUCUCAAGGAGUCCGAUCCCGAGUUUUACAACACACUCACACGGGUCAAAGUUGACAUCCGGUUGCGAGGCAAGGACUACAUCCCAUACCACUUCCAGUACGCCCGACCAAUCAUCGAGCUUGAUGACGAAGGCAAAUUUAAAGCGAUAACGCAUAACAAUGGAGUGAGGGCGCCCUACAUGAACUUGCCUGUAGCAGAUGUCAAGAGCUGGUACAAAAGUCUGUCUUGCUUGGAUGGAAAGUUGAACGCCAAAGAAAACAUGAUACAGUUCAAGCUCAAAGAAGGUGACGUAGUGACAUUCAACAAUAACCGCGUGAUGCACGGUCGGAGUAGCUUCCAGCUGGCUCAGGAUCAAGACGAAGGCAAGAAAACCCGCCAUCUUGCAGGAGGUUACUUGAGCUGGGACGUCAUCAAUUCAAGUAUCAGACUUCUGGACGAAGAGCUUGAUGAUAUCGCCAUCCUCUAGAAAACGAGCUUGAUCAAAUGGAGAACUAAUUACAAUCCAGUUGCUUUACGCAUCUUUGGUCCUGCUACCGUAGCGGUCAAUGGGACCAAAAUCCUAAGGGACUAAUCGGACACGAGAAGAAAAAAAAUAGCACAUGUGCUAAUCGAGUCUGACUCUCGUUAUCUACAGCCUAAAAUAACGUUCAUAGAAAAAUACACGAUGGGUUUCCAAAUCCUAUAAAUAAGAUUUGUGUGUAAUAUUACAAUUAUAAAAACGAGACUUGUUGCUAUAUUAUUGACAACUAUAAACUUACAAGGUUAUAAUUUGUGGUUUUCUCCUAAGAGUAAUUUUAAGAGUUUUUGUUAACGAAAAGAGGUUCUUGAUCAAUUCUUGGAUCAGUGGGAAGUAUAUACAUGAAGAUAUGAGUAUCACCCUGUUAUGAAAUAUUCAUAUCUGUAUUACGUGCCGGCAACUUUCAAAAUGUUAUGCUGCUUAAUAAACUGAAAUAAACCUAACCCUCAACAUGAUAGAAUAGUUGUCACGUAACCGGGAGGUUUGGGGUUCGAAACAUAGUCGAUGCGCUAGUGCCCUUUGGUAAGGCAUUUAUCUUUAUUACCAAGUCCCUCAGAGAGGAUUUAAAGCCGUUGGUCCCCUGGUUGCUUCCUGACAAGUAUAUGCACAUGCUUUCAUAACAGUCAGGUAAAACAAACCAAUCGACCAAUCAAUCAACCAAAUUGAUACUGUGCCUGUGGGGAGUUAUUUUGGUAAAGUUUGAACUAUAUUGUAACAGAAUGAUCGUGGCUGAAUAAAAAAUCAAUUGUAGCGUCUUUCGAAAACUUUAAAGGAAUGGUUAUGUCUGUUUAUGUAUGUGAACUACUUUCGAAAAAUCAAUUUAAGGCAAUUUCAAUGACCUUGUAUAUCACCUUCGAAAUGUACAAGCAUGAAAAUGACAUAUUACGUAAUCCGCACACGAUUUCCAUGGGACAUAUACAACAUGGUAUAGAAAUGGCAGCAGAGUAGAUUGUUGCGAUCGUGUGGGUGGUAUAAUUAUUUUUGUUCUUUUUCAAUUUGUGUAUGUUCUCUCUUAUUCUUGUUAUUCUUUUGUGUACAAUACACAUGCUUAUAAUGUGAUUUAAUUUUUUUGAACUAUAAAGUGCCUUGAAGUUUUAAUUUGAAAUGGAUUUGGCGCCUUAUAAAUCUUAUCAUUAAAUAUUAUGAUUUCAUACGUUCAUUUUAUACGUUCAUUUUAUACAAAAUGUACAAGGCGUUAAAAAAAUAUGUUAGUAAUAUUAUCAAUAUCUACGCCAGAUGGUGUUUUUAGUGCAUACACGUAGAAAUUACAAUGUAUUUCUGAUUGUGUCACAUUAAAUGUGUCAUAUCUAACAGAUUUAUUUUGUUAUACUGCAUUAUAAUGUAAUAUCAUUUUGUAUAUGUAAUGAUUGAUUCUAUCUCUGAUAUUGUAACUAUCGAAUAUUAAUAAGGUUAUCCUAUGCAUUCUAUGUACGAAGGGCAUUGAGGAAGAACUGCAUUGAAGCUGAUGGGGCUUCCCUGUGGACAAAAACUAUUAUUUGGCCUAUUAAUCGACUCAAUAAGAUAUAUUUUGUAUGUGAUAUUUUAUACUUGAAAUGACAUAUAUAUAUAUAUAUAUCAUUGGCAUAAUGUUUACUAUUUCACAAUAAAUGUGAACUGAAAGUUAAAGUUCA